CUCCAGCGAGUUAUGUUUCGCGGGUUCCUACUUUCUUCACGCAGGCGAAACCACUACAGUUCAACCCCCGCUUUCAGCACGUCCGCUGCCCCACUUGUUCUCCCACGACCACGAGACAACAGCCUUCUCUUCAACCCUCAAAGGCCUCUUCCCCCUAUCCGACCGUCGCCUCACUAUCCGAUCCCGCCACAGAACUUGGUCGAUAACUACCCUCUAUCUCAAUUCCACCUAAAUCAAUCCGCGGAACACAGUUAUGUUCAGUCCUCUGGUUCUGAGACGUUCGAGCGUCUUGUUUGCGGAUGCCAAAGCUCUUGUUCCUCUGAAGAUGCUGAACAGUUUCAUCUGCAGAUUUAUAAAUGUGGGUUCUCCGGUGAUUUGUUCUUGUCUAAUACUCUCAUUAAUGCCUACAUCAGAGUUGGUGAUUUGGUCUCUGCGCAGAAGCUGUUUGAUGAAAUGCCCGACAAGAACUCUGUUACCUGGUCCUGCUUGAUCUCUGGCCAUACUCAAAAUGACAUGCCUGUUGAGGCGUGUAAACAUUUCCGGGGAAUGAUUUGUGCGGGUUUUGUCCCGAACCAGUAUGCUCUUGGUAGUGUUCUCCGAGCUUGCCGGGACAUGAAAUCUUGCGGGCUUAAACUCGGGAUGCAAGUUCAUGGUUUAAUUUUGAAAACUCGGUAUGCAUGGGAUGUGGUGGUGUGUAAUGGGCUGAUAUCAAUGUAUGGAAGUUGUUUGAAUUCCACUACUUGUGCCCGUUGUGUUUUUGAGGAUAUUGGAACUAAGAAUUCAAUAUCAUGGAAUUCUAUUAUUUCACUGUAUUCUCAGAGAGGAGAUGCAGUUUCUUCUUUUGAGCUAUUUUCAGACAUGCAACUUGAGGGCUUGAGACUUGGUUUCAAAUCUAAUGAGUAUACCUUUGGUAGCUUAAUAACAGCUGCCUGUUCUUCUGUUGAGGGUGGAUUAUGCUUAGUAGAGCAGAUUCUUGCCAGAGUCAAGAAAGCUGGAUUCAUGCUAGAUCUCUAUGUGGGAAGUGCUUUAGUAAGUGGAUUUGCAAGGUUAGGGCUGAUUGAUAGUGCCAAGAAGAUUUUUGAGCAGAUGAGUAACAGGAAUGCAGUCUCCCUGAAUGGCUUGAUGGUUGGAUUGGUGAAGCAAAGGCAAGGAGAGGCAGCAGCUGAGGUUUUCGGGGAUAUGAAAGACCCAAUUGGAAUUAAUUUUGAUUCUUAUGUUGUUCUUCUAAGUGCUUUUUCUGAAUUUACUGAUGUGGAAGAAGGGAGAAAAAGGGGUAGAGAGGUUCACGCGUAUGCAAUUCGAACUGGGUUAGUUGAUGUUAAGGUUGCAAUUGGGAAUGGGCUUGUUAAUAUGUAUGCUAAAUGUGGUGCAAUUGAUGAUGCUUGUUCAGUUUUCGGGCUCAUGAUUGCCAAAGAUUCAGUCUCAUGGAACUCAAUGAUCUCAGGUCUUGACCAAAGUGGGCGUUUUGGAGAUGCAGUCACGAGCUUCUGCAGAAUGAGACAAACUGGCUUGAUGCCUUCGAAGUUUACACUGAUAAGCAGUUUGAGUUCAUGUGCAAGCUUGGGCUGGAUCAUGCUGGGAGCACAAAUACAUUGUGAAGGGCUGAAACUGGGACUUGAUUUGGAUGUUUCAGUUUCAAAUGCUCUUCUUGCAUUAUAUGCAGGGACUGGAUUUCUUGCUGCAGGCCAGAAACUAUUUGCUUUGAUGCCGGAGUAUGAUCAAGUUUCAUGGAAUUCUAUGAUUGGAGCAUUUGCUGAUUCAGAGGCAUCUGUUUUUGAAUCUGUUACAUACUUCUUGGAAAUGAUGCGAGCAGGAUGGAAUCUUAAUAAAGUAACCUUCAUGAACAUUCUUGCUGCAGUGUCAUCUCUUUCACUUCACAAACUGGGCUUUCAAAUUCAUGCUCUAGCACUAAAAUACUGUGUUGCGGAUGACACUGCCAUUGAGAAUGCACUUCUCUCGUGCUAUGGGAAGUGUGGACAGAUGGAAGUCUGUGAGAAGAUCUUUGCUAGGAUGUAUGAAAGGAGGGAUGAAGUAAGUUGGAAUUCAAUGAUUUCUGGUUACAUACAUAAUGAGCUCUUGAACAAGGCCAUGGAUUUGGCCUGGUUUAUGAUGCAGAAUGGACAGAGAUUAGAUUGUUUCACCUUUGCCACUGUUCUUAGUGCAUGUGCUUCAGUUGCAACUUUGGAACGUGGCAUGGAAGUUCAUGCGUGUGAAAUAAGAGCUAGUUUGGAAUCUGAUGUUGUAGUUGGCAGUGCACUUGUUGACAUGUACUCCAAAUGUGGAAGAAUAGAUUACGCUUCAAGAUUCUUUUGGUCGAUGCCCAUUAAGAAUGUAUAUUCUUGGAAUUCAAUGAUAUCAGGCUAUGCACGACAUGGACUUGGGGAGAGAGCUUUAAAUCUUUUUAGGCAAAUGAAGCUAGGUGGUCAACCACCUGAUCAUGUCACAUUUGUUGGGGUCUUGUCGGCUUGUAGCCAUGUGGGAUUGGUCGAGGAAGGAUUUGAGCAUUUUGAAUCUAUGAGCAAGGUAUAUGGUUUAGCUCCACGGUUGGAGCAUUUUUCUUGUAUGGUGGAUCUCCUUGCACGAGCAGGUGAGCUUAAUAAGGUAGAAAACUUUAUCAAUAGGAUGCCAGUCAGGCCUAAUGUUCUUAUUUGGAGGACAGUUUUGGGAUCCUGCUGUCGAGCAAAUGGUCGCUGCACAGAAUUAGGUAAGAGAGCUGCUGAAAUGCUUCUGGAGUUGGAACCUCAAAAUGCUGCAAACUAUGUGCUUCUUUCCAAUAUGUAUGCCUCUGGAGGUAAAUGGGAAGAUGUGGCAAAGGCUAGGACAUUAAUGAGGGAAGCAGCAGUGAAGAAGGAAGCUGGUUGUAGCUGGGUCACCAUGAAAGAUGGUGUUCAUGUCUUUGUAGCUGGAGACAAAUCACAUCCUGAUAAUUACUUGAUCUAUGAAAAACUCCGCGAACUGCAUCAGAAAAUAAAGGAUGCUGGUUAUGUGCCACAGACAAAAUUUGCUCUUUAUGAUCUUGACCUGGAAAAUAAAGAAGAACUGUUGAGCUAUCACAGUGAGAGACUUGCAGUUGCUUUUGUUCUCUCUCGUAAAUCUGGGAUGCCUAUAAGGAUUAUGAAAAAUUUACGGAUUUGUGGCGACUGUCACUCUGCCUUCAAAUAUAUAUCAAGAAUCAUUGGUCGUCAAAUAGUAUUGCGAGAUUCAAACAGAUUUCAUCAUUUUGUUAAUGGUGACUGCUCAUGUGGGGAUUAUUGGUGACUAAGCAGUCAUUGCCAAUCUUGGAAAGCAUUUUGAACCAUCUAAAUGCUAGGUAGAAAUGGCUGAAGAUUAGAGGUUCAAAUCACAGAAACAGUCCAUCCAGGUGUGAAGGUAGGACUGCAUAUAUAAUACCUUCCCCAUAUCCAUGAUGGUGUGGAAGGCUUGUGCACCAAGUGUUACAAUUACAUUUAGAACCACUCUUCUUUCAAGUUUGCCCUACUGAUCUUUGUUAGUAUAAAAAAAAAAAGGAUCUCGGUGGCACUUUGGUAAAUAAAGGGAGUAUAACUCUUCUGACAUAUUGAUGUUUCCUCGUGGCAACUUGAGAAAAAUAUAGAAAGCUAUUUUUGAGAAGGCUAUCUGUAAACAAAAUGCUGAGAACUGUAGCAAAUUAGAUGCGAUGCAUCGUGGUGGGUCGAAGUUAUUUGUAAAUCAUCGAAAGUGUGAUCCCGUCACUGGAGAACUGGAGCUGAGGUCUUCCCUUUAUUAGAGAACACAUCAAAGGCCAUCGGGGGAAGUGGUGCGAGGGGGCUUAGAGGAAACAUCUUUGCCUCUACCUUCCUUUGGUGAGGCUUGCUUAAGAGCUGAUUUAACUGCCACUCGUGAGAUCUUGGAGCAGAGUUGUUAUGAAAGAUGAUGGAGGAGCAACAACUGAGGUCUAAUCAUCGGCAAUCUCCACUGCUCAGAAGAAGAAAGACAAGCAUAAAUUUGGGGAAUCAAGCGAUCCAUCUUUUUGCAUAAUGCCCCUUUUGAUUGCAGAUAUAGGAUCGAUGAUCCUUUAAUUCUUUCUCGUGCCGUAAUUGACAAGAAGAGCAUCUUGAUUUUCCCGAGGGGAAACUAGGUCAAAGGAAUGGUUAUGAAGUCUGUAAACUUGCUCUGCCUAGCUAGAGGCUGGAGCCUCCUUUAAAUAGACGAGGAGCGAGGGAAUAUGCCAUGACCAUUCUGCGCCAGAGAAUAGUGCUCUGGAUUCAUCCCCUUGUGACUGAAGCUUAUCAUCUUUUGUGCUUUUCCCCUUGUAUUUGACAUAGUAGUCAAACUUUUCAGGUGGUUCACCUAGCAAGUCGACCUCUGGAUCUCCGUUGUCAUAUAGUUGAUUUUAUGUACUUUCUUAUAAGUACUGUUGGUUAAGUAGGGAUAAAAAUCCAUGUUCACGCUGUUAAAUUGCAGAGAUACACCAGUGAGCUAUAUAUCCACAUAUCCAGUCACUAUUUUUAUUGCUUUCUUGCAUAUAGGUAUGUUCAUAGCCUAGUUUUUGCUUUCUGAGCUGCAAAUAUGCACAUUUAUGCCAUUUGCCUUCAUGUGCAUGUAUGUAUUUCUUGAACUCACAUAUUGUGUUUGGGAGCAUGGAUUUUGGGUCUUGAAUUUGGAUUCAUAUGGAUUUUUUUCGGGACAAAAUUCAAUGCAAGUUUGUACUGCAUUUUGUCCUUAUUGUCACAAAUUCAAAUCCAAAACUCAAAAUCCAAGUUCCCUUCUUUUUAUCUUAGUGAAUGCUUUUAUUGAACUGGUAUUGUGCAUCUCUUAAGUUUAUAUGCAUACAUCAUCUUUUUUUGCUCCAUGUGCAUUAUUCUCAAGUCCUUUUAUCUUGAUGGAUGCUUUUAUCCUAUAGUUAUCGUGCAUCUCACAUAUUUCAUUGAUUUGUGGUGUGCAUGCUGGCCUGUUGGAGCCAUGUAUAGCAUUUCCGUUGUUUUUCUAGCUUACAGGCUUGCAGCUGUCAGUCCAAGUGUGAACCAGCCAGAUGCUGGAUACACUAAAUCCCAAGCAAAAGGGUGAUGCUGCUUUACAGAAUUACAGUAUAAAGAUUUCAAAGCUGCAAUUGACUGCUAUACAAAGGGGCAACAUUUAACAAGUAUAUACAAAGGUUUCAUUCUUUGUUGCAAGUGCAGCCAAGCCAAAUUGCAAAAGUAGUGUCCACAAUUGAUUACAGGCUUGAACGAAGGAGAAAAAGAAGGGGGGACGCCAGAAUAGCCAAUUAGAGUGGCUGUGCAGUGAAAUCUUAGAUGAUUGAGAACAGGAGAGCAUGAGAUGACUUAUUUUUUCUUUAUCGCAAAAUAGGACCAAAACAAUCUUCCUUUCUUUAUGGCUCAAAAGAAUUUGUAUUCAACAGAGAAAUUAUGAAAUAGUUAUUCAAUGAGUAGGAAAACAAUUAUAAAA